UCCUCCGUACGGUCUCACCAUGCCGGCUUUGUGAGCGGUCCAGUUUCGUCUUCUUUAUAACUCGCCGAAUAAUAUGCAAAAUGUAUCCCGUGAGCUCGCAAAAGAGAUCCUGGACGUUCGCCAACGAGGGUCAGUUGGUGGCCUUUCGCGUGGAGCAGAACAACAAGUACAUCGAGGACCAUGAGGCGGAGGCGCAGGGCCGCGACCUUGAGGAGCAUUUCCUCACUCCACCCGAGGAGCGCCUGCUGCUGAAGCAGUACGAGAUUUACCUGUUCGACUUCUGCCGCCGCUUCGAUCCGCCGAUGCCCAAAUGCGUGGUCGGCACGGCUUUCAACUACUUUAAACGAUUCUACUUGAACAACACGCCGAUGGACUACCACCCCAAGGAGAUUCUUGCCACAUGUGUGUUUGUUGCCUGCAAAGUGGAGGAGUUCAACGUUUCCAUCAACCAAUUCGUCAACAACAUCAAAGGCGAUAGGAAUAAAGCUACAGAUAUAGUCCUAUCCAACGAGUUACUUCUGAUUGGUCAGCUCAACUACUACCUCACCAUACACAAUCCAUUUAGGCCCAUAGAGGGGUUCCUUAUAGAUAUAAAAACCCGCAGUAAUAUGCAAAACCCAGAGCGGCUACGACCACAUAUUGAUAGCUUUAUUGAUUCCACUUUCUACACGGAUGCCUGUCUUCUUCACACGCCCUCGCAGAUUGCAUUGGCUGCUGUUCUUCACGCUGCCAGCAGAGAACAAGAGAAUCUCGACAGCUAUGUUACGGAUCUUCUAUUUGUUUCCGCCAGGGAUAAGUUGCCCGGACUCAUAGAUGCCGUCAGAAAAAUUCGAAUUAUGGUGAAGCAGUAUCAACAGCCUGAUCGGGAUAAGGUUAAAGCCAUCGAGAAAAAGCUCGAUAGGUGCCGCAAUCAGGCAAAUAAUCCGGAUAGCGAUCUCUAUAAGGAGCGCUUACGAAGAUUGUACACCGAUGAGGAUGAUAUACCCGCCGACGAUGCAUCAUUCCACAUAGCUGAUGUAAGCUCGGAUACAUCUGCCAUGAACAUAAGCCAGUAGUUUUUAAAAAUAUUUAUAAUGAUUGUUUUUCAGUGA